UUGGUGGUUGUUUGUAAACGUGCGUUGUGCUUAUUUCUUUACAAAAUAUUAAUUUAUUACAUAUUUUUUUAUAUAUUUCAGGCAAUAGUUAUAAAAUCGGGUGCAUUUAAAACGGUUUUUUAUAUUACAACAAUACUAUUCUACGACUUUCAAUACCUCGUAUUGUAGAAUAUGCCUAAAGUACGCCGUAGUCGUAAACCUCCUCCAGAAGGAUGGGAGUUGAUUGAACCCACCCUCGAAGAGCUAGAACAAAAAAUGCGAGAAGCCGAAACAGAGCCACACGAAGGCAAGAGAAAACAAGAGUCACUGUGGCCGAUAUUCAAAAUUCACCACCAGAAAUCGCGAUAUAUCUACGACCUGUUCUAUCGACGCAAAGCAAUCAGCCGAGAACUAUACCAGUACUGUUUGAACGAGAAAAUAGCGGACGCGAAUCUAAUAGCCAAAUGGAAGAAGACGGGGUAUGAAAAUCUAUGUUGUCUGCGAUGUAUACAGACGAGAGACACAAAUUUCGCCACUAAUUGUAUAUGCAGGGUGCCUAAAAGUAAGUUAGAGGAAGGGAGGAUAGUUGAAUGCGUGCAUUGUGGCUGCAGAGGCUGUUCAGGGUAGAUUUAAUCUAGUUCGUAAUUACUGUCUCAUAUAAAUUAAAUAAAUACUUGAUUAAUUAGUA